AAAAAAAAAAAUUUAGGGGAACACGGCUGACCGUGAAGCUAAAAUUAAUUCUCCUUCUCCUCUUCUUUCCUUCCUUUCUCCCCUCCCCUCCUUCUCCCGUCCACCUCAUCUCGCCUUGAUCUCGAAUUGAGUGGGGAGUCACCCGUAUGCGGUGAUAUCACUACUACUACUUACUUUCCGGGCCAUCCCACUUAUAAUAUCCCUGCGCGCGUUUCGCAGCGCAGCCAGCUAUCGUCUAAGAUGGCGUCCGUUUCGACUGCUGGGGAAGCAGUGGCGAGAAUCGCCUACCUGGCCAGCGAUGUCGUUCUCUCCGUGCAACCAUCGCUCCAGGUGGAUUCUUGGUUCUCCAAGACCCUCAAGACCCUGAAGGGACACAAUGCCCGUAACGUCUUGCCAAGGGGCGUGCCUGACGUGGUGGCCGUUCGAUACAACGAAGAUCCCCUCCUCUCCGUGUUCCACCCGCUGCAGGCAGGCAAUGCAGUCUCGGUGGUCUCCACCUCCUCUACCCUCCUCACUUCCAUCCCUCACCUCUACCGUCUGGCCAACAGCCCCGUCGUCAUCCACGUCGCUCUGGAGCCCCACCCGUUCCCAGACUACUCCGUGAUCAGCUCGAUCAGACAGUGUGGAUUCACCUUCCUGCACUCUGAGACGGUCCAGGAGGCCCAGGAUAUCGCCAUCACCGCCCACGCGUUGGCCCGCAAGUCCGGAAAGGGUGUCAUCCACUUCUUCGACCCUGCCAACUCGGCUCGCGACGAUGCGAUUGCAGAGGAGAAUGCCGAUGUCGUAAGGGCCCUUCUCAGCCUGGGAACCUCUGUCACACAUUCCUCUGGUCACGGUGCCCAGACGCUGUACACUGAUUCUGGACGGGUUGCCACUGUCUCUGAGGAUGCUGUGGACAGCGCCGCUGGUCAGACUGAAGGCUCCUCCACUCCCGGUCGGCCGGCCCAGACCCCUUCGAGCAUCAGUCUGGACAACUCGUCCGUUGGCUCUUCGCGGAGAGACAGCAGCGCAGAUAGCCGUGCUACCAGCUCUGCUGCCACCACCGUCGAUGCUUCAUCCACGCGGCCUGUGAGCGCUGCUGAUAUCUUCGAGUGGACUUCUCAAAUAUGGAGGUUGCUGUCGGAGACAGUGGGUCGCAACUACCGCGCUAUCGAGUACACUGGUCCCGCUGAGGCCAAGUCGGCUAUCUUCGUUUUUGGUUCGACUGGUGUGUUUGUGGACGUCUUGGGCAAAGAGGAAGCUACCGGCGAGCUUGGCAAAGUUGGACUGAUAACUGCCCGUUUGUACCGUCCCUGGAUUGGCGGUCAGAUUGUCAACUCCAUUCCCAGCUCUGUUGAGAAGAUUGCGGUGUUGGAGCAGGUCCGCAAGACCACGAAGUGGGGCCCUGCGUUCAUGGAUCUCCUUUCCAGCUUGUCCCCCGCUGCUGGUCGUACUACCCCUCAGAUUGUCGGCUACAGGCUGGGAUAUGUCGAGCCCUCCACGGCGGUUCAGGCUCUCCGUGGCAUUGUCCAGAACCUGACCUCUCCUUCGCCUAUCCAGAACCUAGAGAUCGGAAGUUCCAAGGUCCCUGCCGUCCAGUCCUCUCUGGAGCAACCCGCCAUCGAGAACGCUUACCUCAAAAUUUUGAACCAGCUCUUUGGUGAGCGUCUGCACAUCGCUAACCAGUUGGGCUCCAAGAAUGCAGGCAUUUCCUCCACUAUUGCCGCUAGCCCCGAGUACGGAUUUGGCGCGCUAACUGCCAGGUUGGAACACCGUCAGCGUUUCAUCAAGGAGGUCGAGGAAGCGUCCAAGGCCACUAGCUUUGCUACUGAUAUCCCCCGCUCAUGGCUGUCGAAGUGGGCCCUUAGCGCUGGAGAUGCCUCCAAGGCCAACAAGUUGGCUCCUGAUGUCAUUGCCCGCCUUUCUAAUGAUGGCUCCGCACUUGCGAGACAGCUUUUGUCUUCCAAGAAGCUGUUCUACGAUGAGUCUCUGUGGCUCGUUGGCUCUGAUGCCUGGGCGUACGACCUUGGAAACUCCGGUGUUCACCACGUUCUCGCCUCGGGCGCCAACGUCAACAUGCUCGUCAUCGAUUCUCAACCUUACUCGGAACGCACCGCCGCCGACCCCACUCGCAGAAAGAAGGACAUCGGAUUGUAUGCUAUGAACUAUGGUAAUGCCUAUGUCGCCUCCGUUGCCGUGUACGGCUCCUACACCCAGGUGCUCCAGGCUAUGGCCGAGGCGGAACAGUUUGACGGUCCCUCGGUCAUUGUUGCUUAUCUGCCCUACAACCAGGAGAAUGACUCUCCUUUGACCGUUCUUCAAGAAACUAAGAAGGCUGUCGACCUUGGUUACUGGCCCCUGUACCGCUGGAACCCUGGCAACGACGAGAACGGCGAGCCGAAGUUCUCUCUGGAUUCGGACCGUAUCAAGCGCGAGCUUGAGGAAUUCCUGAAGAGGGACAACCAGCUGACGCAGCUCAUGAACCGUCACCCCAAGUUCUCAUCCGUCCUGUCUGAGUCCUACGGCACUGAGGUCCGUGCUGUGCAGAAGCGGAAGGCCAAGGACUCGUAUGAGAAGCUUCUUGAGGGUCUCUUCGGUGCUCCCUUGACCAUUCUCUACGCUUCUGACGGCGGCAAUGCGGCGACCCUGGCGAAGCGUCUCGGAAACCGCGGUCGCGCACGCGGAUUGAAGACUCUGGUCAUGGCCAUGGAUGACUACCCCCUGGACGACCUUGCGACUGAGGAGAACGUCGUUUUGAUCACUAGCACGGCUGGCCAGGGAGAGUUCCCCCAGAACGGUCGUGGUCUCUGGGAAUUCGUGAAGAACACGGGUGACUUGGAUCUAUCUUCCAUCAACUACUCUAUCUUCGGUCUUGGUGACAGCCACUACUGGCCACGCAAGGAAGACAAGAUCUACUACAACAAGCCCGCCAAGGAUCUUGAUGCUCGCAUUGCCUUCCUCGGUGGAAAGAAGCUUGCGGACAUCGGUCUCGGUGAUGAUCAAGACCCUGACGCCUUCCAAACCGGUUACUCCGAGUGGGAGCCCCGUCUCUGGCAGGCUCUGGGAGUGGACAAGGUUGAGGGCCUUGCGGACGAGCCUCCCCCGUUGACCAACGAGGACAUUAAGAUCCAGUCCAACUUCUUGCGCGGUACCAUCGCCGAAGGUCUGCUGGAUGAGACCACUGGCGCUAUCUCCGCCAGUGACCAGCAGUUGACCAAGUUCCACGGCACAUACAUGCAGGAUGACCGUGAUGUCCGUGAUGAGCGGAAAGCCCAGGGUCUUGAGCCUGCGUACAGCUUCAUGAUCCGUUGCAGACUUCCCGGUGGUGUCGCUACCCCCCUGCAGUGGCUGCAGAUGGAUGCUAUCAGCAGCUCGCACGGUAAUGAGACCAUGAAGCUCACGACGAGACAGACCUUCCAGUUCCACGGUGUCAUCAAGCGCAACCUCCGUGGCGCUAUGCGGGCUAUCAACAAGUCGCUGAUGACCACCAUUGCCGCCUGUGGUGAUGUCAACCGUAACGUCAUGUGCAGUUCUCUCCCCGAGCUUUCCUACUUCCACCGCGAAACCAACGCCAUCGCCAAGAAGAUUAGCGAUCACCUCCUUCCCUCCACCACCGCCUACCAUGAGAUCUGGCUGAAGGAUGAUGACGACAAGAAGGUCCAGGUGGCUGGCGACGCGAUUGUCGACAGCGAGCCUCUUUACGGUCCUACUUAUCUCCCCCGUAAAUUCAAGAUCACUAUUGCCAUUCCUCCUCACAAUGAUACUGAUGUCUACGCACACGACAUCGGUCUGAUCGCCAUCAAGGGCGCCGAUGGACAUCUGGAAGGCUUCAACGUCACCGCUGGUGGUGGUAUGGGUGCUACUCACAACAACAAGAAGACUUAUCCUCAGACCGGCCGUAUGUUCGGUUACGUUCCGGCGGAUCAAGCCCACAUCUUCUGUGAGAAGAUCAUGUUGGUCCAGCGUGAUCACGGUGACCGCAAGAACCGCAAGCAUGCUCGUCUAAAGUACACCAUUGAUGACAUGGGUGUGGCUGGCUACAAGGAGAAGGUCGAAGCCCUCCUUCCGGAGGGCAUGCGCUUCGCCGAGCCCCGCCCCUUCAAGUUCGUCUCCAACGUCGAUACAUUCGGCUGGUUGAAGGACGAGAAGGGCCUCAACCACUUCACGUUCUUCAUCGAGAACGGACGUAUCGAGGACACCGCCGACUUCAAGAUGCGUACUGGUCUGCGCGAGCUCGCCAAGCUUGACAAGGGUGAGUUCCGUCUUACCGGUAACCAGCACUUGAUCCUGUCGAGCGUCGAAGAUGCAGACCUGCCCGCCAUCAAGGAGUUGAUGGCUCAGUACAAGCUUGACAACACCUCCUUCAGCGGCAUGCGCCUUUCUUCGUCCGCCUGUGUCGCCUUCCCCACCUGCGGUCUCGCCAUGGCCGAGUCUGAGCGCUACCUGCCGGUCCUUAUCGGCAAGUUGGAGACCACUCUUGAGGAGGUGGGCCUGGCCAAGGACAGCAUCGUCAUGCGUAUGACCGGUUGCCCCAACGGCUGUGCCCGACCCUGGCUGGCGGAAGUUGCCUUCGUCGGCAAGGCGUACGGCGCCUACAACAUGUACCUCGGUGGUGGAUACCACGGACAGCGUCUGAACAAGCUGCACCGCUCCUCCAUCAAGGAGGAUGAGAUCCUGGAUAUCAUGAAGGAUCUCCUUAGACGGUACUCCAAGGAACGUAACACCGACGGUGAGACUCCGGAGCGGUUCGGAGACUGGUGCAUCCGCGCCGGCGUUAUCAAGGAGACGACCGAUGGACAGAACUUCCACGAAGGAGUUGCUGAAGAUGACGAAGAGUAGAUGUUAGGUACAUUAAAAAGAGACAUUUGGGUCUCCAGGCAUGCGGUGAUCUUGUUCUGCAUGCAUCUUGAAGAUUUUGUCAUGAUUUCCACGACGAUAUAGCUGUUCUGUACAUACUGUUAUGACUAAACUUCGUCGCAUUUACGUUCUAUAUACGCUGAUAUGGUAAUUUGUUCGUACCAAUGCU